AAAUACUUAUCGAUACUGGUCGUUCUUGUCGGCUGUAGUUCACCUCUUGUUGUUAUUUAAUUAUUUCUUUUUUGUUCUUACUGAAUCUUAAAUGAAAACAUAACAGAAUGCUGUCCCGCAAAUUGCUAAACCUUCGCCUGGGUCACCUUGUACGCCGCUGGGUCAGUACUGAUCCCCUUAGCAUCCAAAACGAAAAGCUGCAGGCGUAUUUGGAGUCCUUGCGUCAGGAAUACUACGCCGAGCGCGUUAAUGCUGCCGGGAACAGCAAAUCCUACGCCCGCCUCGCUCAAUUGGAAGGCGUAGUUAGCGCUCUGGAGCAGCGACGUGUCCUGGAACGUCACAUAACGAGCGCCAAGGACAUAGAGUUGGAAAAGGACGAGGAUAUGCGUGAACUGAUGCGGGAGGAAAACGAAGUAUAUGUGGACCUGAUAGGUAAGCAGGAUCAUGCCUUAGAGCAGGAACUGCUAACCCUGGCUGAUGAUGAAAUAUAUCCCGCAUUGAUCUUCGGCGUCAAUGCGGGCGCCGGCGGCCAGGAGGCCAUGCUGUUCGCUCAAAAGCUUUACGACAUGUACACCGGCUACUUCGAACACAUGGGAUGGGAUUGGGAGGAGUUUGCUAGUGAGAGCACUGACAUUGGAGGCUUACGCCACGCCAGUUUAAUGGUGAGUGGAGAGGAUGUCUUCCGCUGGUUACGUCACGAGGCUGGAGUUCAUAGGGUACAGAGAGUGCCGGCCACCGAGAAGGCCGGACGCAUACACACCAGCACCGCCUCGAUCACUGUGAUCCCCCGGCCAGCCGAUAUCCACGUACAUAUUGCUGAAAAGGAUCUAAAGAUCGAGACGAAGCGGGCGAGUGGAGCUGGUGGCCAGCAUGUUAACACCACAGAUUCAGCUGUGCGGAUUGUUCAUCUGCCCACCGGUUUGGCGGUGGAGGCUCAAUCUGAACGCUCACAGCUUAAAAACCGGGAGCUGGCGAUGAAGCGUCUGCGUUCGCGUCUUGUGCAACAGCAACUGGAAAGCGUCGAGGCCAGUAAAAUGGCCACUAAGAAAGCUCAACAGGGCAGCCUCAACCGCAACGAGAAGAUCCGAACUUACAAUUUUGUCCAGGACCGAAUAACAGACCACAGGAUUCAGGGUGGUACGCUGCACAAUUUGGAUGGUUUCCUUAAGGGCGGAGAUCAACUUAGUGGGCUCAUCGAGAAGCUGCAACUAGAUCAUCGAAAGGAACGCCUGAAGAAUCUGCUCGAAACAUGGCAGCCGCCAAUCGAGGCAGUUAAAAAUAAUUAGACCAAUUUUAUUGUUAUUACAUUUAUAUGCCUGCGAUUUAAAAGUUAAUAACUAAUUAGAAUAUAUUCUGUAAAAAUAUGAA